AUUCUGUGCAAGCUUGAACAAAUAUUUCCCCCGUCAUUUUUUACAGUUAUGAUGCACUUGUGUGUGCAUCUUCCUCAAGAGGCAAUUUUGGGAGGACCUGUGCAAUCAAGGUGGAUGUAUCCGAUCGAAAGAUACCUUGGCCAUUUAAAGAAAUAUGUUGGAAACAAAGCAAAACCCGAAGGCUCGAUAGCAGAAGGUUAUGUUGUUGAGGAAGCUAUAACAUUUUGUUCACACUAUUUACGAGGUGUUGAAUCAAAGUUGGAUAAACGUGAUAGAAAUGUUGACAAAACCUCUAGUGAUGCUCGAAGCUUUGCGUUAGAUAUUUUUAGAUUGAAUGGUCGAGGUAUUGGGAAGAAAGAAGUUCAUAUGCUUCCUACUAAUCUUAUGAAGAAAGCAAUAUGGUUUAUCUUCAACAAUUGUCAAGAGGUUCAACCAUACUUAGAGGAACACUUACAAAUUUUACAAAAUCAACAUCCGGAAUCAUCAGAUUUUUCUAAGAUGCAACAGUCUACAUUCCCGGAUUGGUUUGCAAAACGAGUAACAAUCGCACUCUAUUUUACUUACUUUACUUUGUGAUAUUGUA